UAAUUCAAAGGGCGCCCUGACAAAGGCGCGCAUCCGCGCUACGAAUUCCAAAGCCGCCGUCCCGGGCUGCUGAAUGUAGCGGCGGGCUCUGCGUCUACUCCGCGCGCGAUUCGCGAGAUCGCAACGCGCGGCAACAAUACAACCAGCAACAACCAAAAACAACAGCAACAACUGAGCGACAACGCCAAACGAUAAAGAGUGCGAUUAUGCAAAUAGCCUCGACGAAGAUGUAAAGCUGCGCCCAAAGAACUAGCGGCCGCGCUCCCAAAAGGAGACGGAGCCGACGGGCCUAGGCAGUCGAGCCCUGCUUGGAUUUGCACGGCUAUUGUGGAGCUGGUUGAUUGCGGUGGUGGUAGCGGCGGCUGCUGCUGCUGAUUGUUCUUGUUUCGGGCAGAGCGAGAGGGUGUUAUCGUGCUUGCGGCUUGAAGAAGGAGGAGGAGGGCUCUGACGGGGAGUGCGGAGCCCGCAUGGAGGCGGGAGCGAGGAGGGGAGCAUCGCGGCUCGGAGCGCCCUCGGCGGAGAAGCUUCGCCUGGAGGGAGCGGUGUGACGAUGUCAGAAAUGGAGGAGCACUACGACGGAGACAUGGACGGAGAGACGUGGGAGGGAGCGAGCGUCAUCCGCGCUGCACAGCGAGCGGGAUAUGCGAUCAACAAUGAGAUGGACAACUCCUCCUCGCCAUCACUGUCGCCAAAAUACGAGCAAAAACCAGAGGACGACGACAUGGAGAAUGACAACGGGGAGGAGCUGGAGGUGGAGGAGGAGGAAGAGGAGGAUGAAGAGGACGAUGAGCAGCAGCAGCAGCAGCAGCAGAAGGCGGUGCACAUGUUCCGCUCACGCCCUAAGAUGCUCCCCUACAAGACGGUAUCGCGCUCCACCAACGAGCGCCCCUUCAAGUGCAAGGAGUCGCACUGCGGGAAGACCUUCGCCAGCAAGUACAAGUUGCGGCUGCAUGCGCGCAUCCACACGGGUGAGAAGCCCUACGUGUGCGACAUUUGCAGCAAGGGCUUCACGCAGGGCUACUAUCUGACGGUGCACAAGGCGACGCACAGUGGGCCGCCGCCCAAACCCUUCGUGUGCGACGUGUGCGACAAGACGUUUGCCAAGAAGCAAAAGCUCGUGCAGCACAAGCGGCAGCACACGGGCGAGCGGCCGUACGUGUGCGAGGUGUGCAAGAAGGGCUUCGUGUCGUCCAACUACCUGAUGGAGCACAAGGCGUGCCACUCGGACGUGAAGCGCUACGUCUGCGAGGUUUGCGGCAAGUCGUAUAAGCACAAGCCUGCGCUGCGCGCGCACAAGCGCCUGCACUCCGACAACAACCCAUACAUCUGCAAGGAGUGCGGAAACAUCUACGCGCGCAACGCUCAGCUCGUGGCACACCUGCGCUCGCACACGGGCGAGCGGCCCUUCCAGUGCGAGCUCUGCGGCAAGGCGUUCAUCCACCGCUGCUCGCUCACCAUGCACCUCAAGCGCCACUCGGGCGAGCGCAACUUCGUGUGCACGGACUGCGGCAUGGCGUUCCUCGACGCGUACACGCUCAAUGAGCACCGGCGUAUCCACACGGGCCAGAAGCCGUACGUGUGCGAGACGUGCGGCAAGGCGUUCCGUGUGCAGCAGUGCCUGCAGAAGCACCAGCGGCGACACUCGCGCAAGCGGCCCGCCAUGCCCAUGCCCGAGGCGACGCUGGAGUGCCCCGUGUGCGGCAAGACUUUCCGGCGCCUGUCGAACCUGCGGCUGCACGAGACGGUGCACUCGGGCAGCAUGCCGCACUCGUGCGAGGUGUGCGGCAAGUCCUUCCUGCACCGCGCCUUCCUCAAGAAGCACGAGGAGAUCCACGAGCGUGAGCGCGAGUACCGCUGUGGCGAGUGCGGCCUCAUGUGCCUGGCGGCGGCAGCGCUCGCCGCGCACAGAGACACGCACAGCGCCCAUCACCCCUUCGUGUCAGUCAUGUCAGACCCCGAGUUAACAGAUUUAUUCCAAAUGAAAUCCGAGGAAGAAGGAUUUGGCCUGGAUCAGGCUCCAAUGGAAGACGAUGAAGACUUUGGCUUGGAUCACGCAGACGGGGAUGGGAUACCUGAUAUGGACAUGGCCGAUCGGCGCUACCGCAAGUACUCGGGAUCCUUUGUGCCGACAGACAGGCGUGCGAUGACCCCUGUGAGGCGCGGCUCGAUGGUCAUGGACGACGGGCCCAACCUUUCUCCUGAGAAGCCUCCCAAGGCUGAGAAGGCGCACAAGUGCACAGAAUGCGACCGUGCUUACGUGCAUCUCUCCUCGCUUCUAUCGCACAAGAAAAAGCACGAGCGCGCGGCCGAGGCCGCGGCAGCGGCGGCUGCGGCAGCUGCGACGGAGGAAGAGGAGACGCCCGCUGGCGACUCGGGAGCCGAGGCCCCAGGCUUCCGCUGCGAAGACUGCGGAAAGAGCUUCACGCGCGCCGCGUACCUGGCGAGCCACAGCCUGGAGCACGAGGCUGCGGCGGAGGAGGCCCGCUACCCAUGCGAGGUGUGCGACAAGUCGUACUCGCGGCGCGACAACCUGCGGAAGCACCAGCGGAUGCACGCGGCGCUGCACGGCUCGCCGCGGAAGGGCGGCCGCGGCGCAGGUUUCCUCGACAAGCUGUGCUUGAGCAACGCCGACGCGCCCAGCAGCCCGUCUUCGCCGCAGCCGCCCUCGUCGCCGCUUUCGCUGCUGCCGCCGCCCCCGCCGCCCCCGCCGCCGCCGCCGCCGCCGCCAGAAUUCGAGUGCGAGGUUUGCGGCCGCUCGUUUCGCCGCAAGUCCCGGCUGCGCAGUCACCAGAAGCUACACAUGGCGGCGCUGUGAUGUGUGCCUGCGCGCUUGAUGUCUCUCCCAAGGUGACACGGAAUUCAUUGGGGAAAAUCUCCGGUGAGGCUCGGGAGUGGAAGCUUUUUAGAGUGUGACACAGUUUGGCUGCUGUGAGAGGAAUUGGCGGCGGUGGUGGAUGUGAAAGGAUGAAAAUUGUGAAUCGGUGGUUUAAGCCAGAUCUGUUAUCAUUUUAUGAUGAUCAUGAUAAUGUGUUUAAGACAUUCGGCUGCAUAGAUUUCUGGUGGUUCGGUUAGGUGGUAUAUAGCCAGCAAGUUUAUGACCCAUUGUGGUGGACGUUUUCAAUGACAGGCAUAAUGUGUGCGGUGGAGUUUGUUCUCAUGAAUGCUUUAUUUUUUUUUUCCCCCAAGCACUGCGGUUUCCUCCCACACACUAAAUAACAAAGUACUUUUGAGCAGGAAUUAUCCAAUUCCAAGCAUCCUAUAAAAUAGUACUUUCAAACUUAGCCUUUUUGAGUAAUGAAUUUCUAAUUCUGUAUUAUUACGUUGCUCAAAAACCCACCCCAUCAUCUUUCAUUACAAAAUAUACAAACGGUGCACUGUUGUGUGUUUGUGUACACACUUUGCGUUUGUGUUCGAAUUUGUACACAAACACACGUAUGUACGUACACAUACACCUGUAGAGAAACACUGGCACCCAACAGGGAGGGGACUGCAUUGCUACGUUUAUGAUUUCCACAAAAGUAAAUCGAGGAAAUUGGUGAAACGCAGCAUGCAAUCUUGAUAACUCAAAGAUGAUCAUUUUGAAAGGAAUGGCAAACACAUUUUAUGUUCCUGUUAUCAUUUCACUUAGCUAGGUUUUACUAUGAAUUGUAAUGCAGGCAUCUAAUAUUGGUUGACAUUGGAUUACAGAGAGUGGAUUUUAUUAUUUUUUAAACACUUCACCUUCAUAAGUUGUAAUGAAUUGCCAUGUCACACAUUUUGCAGGUAGCCGGAUGUUAAUUUCAUUGUUUCGAUGAUUAACACUGACCUGCCAAUUGUUUACCCUCACGUGAAUUGCACACCAGUCGUGAUGUUUUGUUGUGUGUGCACGUGUCUGUAUGUCUGUGUGUGCGCGCGUGCAUGGGUGCAUGUUUGUGGAAGUACGUGACUGCAUAAUUAGGGGAUCAUAGUUAAACCGAGCACCACAUGUGUCACAUUCCCAUCCACCUGGAUUAACUAUCAUGACAUGAGACACAUCAAUUACUGGAUUAUUGAUUGCCUGGGAUGCUGCCAUGGCGUGAUGGUUCAUACACAAGACUUGCAAUCCAGAUGCUGUCGGUUCAGUCUCCAGGUGUGACAAUUGAAAGAGUGGGCAAAUUUUCUUAUCCUGGCACUAGCCUCUCUUCUAUUGAGGUACCACCUUUUGUGCUAUUCAUCGUCAGCACUGGGGAGACAAUAGUGGCUGGGCAUACGUGAUGCAGGUCAUACUGCUCAUCCGUGUGCUGUGCCAGCCUUGAGAGGUGCUUGCGAACAUUAUUUGCCCCGACAGACUAUGUAGGCCAGAAGGAGGGGGGGUGGUGUGUGUGGGAUGAGUGCGAUUGAUAAUUUACCCACUGGAAAGUAUGAGGAUGUUAUGCUGUUAAUUGUAUUAUUAGUGCAUGCGUGGGUGUUUUGAUGCUGAUUAGCAGGUGCAUGUGUGAUUUACCCAAGAAUGAUUCACUUGAGUGUGGUCUCAUUGUAAAUGUCAAGGUUAGGCAUCCAUUUUACUUGUCAAUUCUGUGGGCCAUGGGAAAACUGAAAUUAAAUUUGCCAGGGGCACUCGUGGAUGCGCUCCCUCUUACUAACCGUGAUUACAUCUGGCUGCUCUUUCAUGCAGCUUGCAAAGUAUUGCGGGUAUUUCCCAGGAUACCCUGCAACCUAAACACCUGUCAAACUCGGCAGGCAUCUGUAACACUGGCGAAAACACGUCAUUCUAUUCGGCAUCUGAUGCAAUUAUCAAGAUUGCACGUGUCGUUUUCACACCUAGUAACGUUAGCGCCUGGGACGACAUACAUCAGCCAUGAAAUUCGGCGUGGAAGUGAAAAGACGACGUAAGUGCCAUGCCGACCAUUGCUAUGGAUUAUAAAUGUGUUAUAAGUGGUUUCUAUUUGUUGCGGAGUCCAGUGUGGUGUGCUUGAUCCUCAUAACGUCUUAACUGAGGGGAAUGUCCCUUUGUUGACUGGCACCAUCUCGUGACGGAAAAUCUGUCGCUUGCGUGUGGCUCGCUAUUGCCAAAUGAAUAGCUGGCUCGGGCAAAGAGAUGUGAUAGUGUAUGCAUACUUACAGCGUAUAGUUUGUGUGUUUUUAUGUAUGUAUGUGUAUUUACUGUAUAUGUAUGCAUGUUUGUGCUGUAUAUGCAUUAUUUAUACUGUAUAUACACAUUGUACAUGUGUAGAAAUGUGUAUAUAUGUACAUUAUACAUAUAUAUUUACAAUAUAUGUGUGUGUGCAUAUAUAGUUGAUGUACAGUAUUUGCUUCACGCAUGGGUACAUAUGCCCACAUUUUCAUCCCCUUUCAGAAAUGCGUGAAAGCUCUUUCGGUAGCACAAUGGGAUCACAUGUUUGUUACCAUUGUUUCUGCUCAAACAUGAGCAGUUUAGAGGUAGAGUGGGUGACCUCAUACUGGUGCCCUUGGAAGUAGUUUCCCCACGGGAUGGGCAUGAAGCAGCUGCCCACUGAGGCUGAGGAUUUCCAUCACUAAACGUGGGGAUGGAGUGGUAUUUCCCAGGCUGGUCCGGCCAUUCACUUAGCUGGUGAUCCGCAGAGGCGGAUUCAACAAAUCAUGGAUGAAAUGAAAAAUAAUUAAUCCGAAUUUUGGCUGAUCAUGUUUGUCAAAUGUAAAAAAAAAAGUGUACUUUUUUUUCUCUAUCUGGCCUCAUUUCUGAUGUUUAAGAUUGCAGUAUUUUUUGUGAGUUAAUUGCGGCGGAUUAUUCGGUGACGUUUACGUGUAAACUGCGUUACGCUCGCAGGUCGGAGGACGUUGUAACUUGAAAAUGGUUUGGGUGGCAGUGUGGGCAGCGAGUCCUGAGCCGAACCAGACCUCCCUGCGCUUUGUGAUGCGUUUGAGUGCAUUUCGUGGAUAAUAAUAAUGACGCUCCAAUGAAACAACCGUUAAGCCACAAUGCAUUGUGGGAGAGAAACACAAUACACUGCAUGCACACUUUGGCAUGCACGCACAAAAAAGUUACAUUGUCUUUUUCACUUGAUAUUUUUAUUAACUUUUAUACUUUCAACUUUUGGUAAUUUCUAUCUGAUCAAGCAAAGGUCCAUUUGUUCAUCUGUAAGGUUUUUAUUUAUUUAUUUUGUGUGUACGAGUGCGUGCAUUGACAGUCAAGAAUGAGCAAGGCGCUAGCGAGAGCCUCGUGCUUUGUAAAUAAGUCAAUAGAUUGUGUCUAAAGUAACCUUCCCCACAUGGUGGAGUGUAGCGCAAACUCAUACACACUUUGCAUGUGAAGUUAGUCAUGUUUUGGCUAAAAGGAGGUCAGGAUGGUAUUGUCACUACAACCCCAACAGCACCGCCACCAUCACUACUAAUACCACCUCCUCCAGUUCCAUGUACUGUACCUUAACACUAAUGGGGAACUUAACACUAACCCUAUUCAUAACUUUAGCUCUAAACCCAGCCUAACACUAACUCUAGCCAAAUAUUACCCUCACCUUAUCCCGUUGCAAUUUAAUCCUAAACCUAACUUUACUCUGUCUUUAAUUCAGAUUCUGUCUCCACUUUAAUUUUUCCUAAACACUGAAUUUAACCCCUAUUGUAACAUCGUAUUCGGAAAAUAUUGCUUCGAUCCUUAUCAGGAACAGCAAAUUCCUCAACUAUGCUUUUGCUUUGGGACGAAAGAUAACUUCCUCCUUGUCCACAAAAAUGUGAACGUACGAACCUGUGUGUUUGUAUCACACAUCGAUGUCACCAAUGAUGCCCCUUCUCUGGAAUGAGCGUGGUCAAGCGUGGUGACGCUAUAAACAUUGGUAAAACACUGAUAAGACUUGCAAUGGGGAGGAGCGAGACAGUUGCGUGGCAUAACACACUAAACAUCCAAACGCUAUUCCUGACUCUGAGCCAACCAGCCAUGAGUACUAUCCCACUCACUGCCCCUAACCCUGGCCAACCAGACGUCAAUAAUAGCCCUCUCCAAGGACCGUGGUUUUCUCUAGCAUGCAAUUUUAUGUACUCAUUGAGGAAAUUGGACUAACAUUCCACCGCAGGACCCUCCCAAUGAAUCAUGUGACGCAGUGUACCUUCACUGGAUAAAAUUUCCGAGUAUAAAAAGCCCUGUUUUCCCAUGUUGGAAAACAACACCUAAUUUAAACAACAAUUGCUGUUCUGCAGAGGAGUUUAAAGACAUUGCAGGUAUACAUAUAGAGAGGUGCUGUAGUUUUCCACGUCAGCUAUGAGAAUUGGCUUGUUUCUGUACGAGGGUCGCUGCAGACUUCGUUGUCUGCCAAUAUAGUCACAGGUAUGGAAAUAUGCACUGGAGAUUUGGUGCUCGUUCCACCUGGCUGCUGAUGCUGCUGUUGUUCAGUGUUGUAGUAAAGUGUUGCUGUAUUCAGGGCUGCACUCAUGGAAGACACUUAACUUAGAAGUGAUUGGAGAACGACUGGCGGUGAUACUUGCCCCACUCCCUUGUUUUGGUUUAACUUAUUUGAGCAAUACCUUUAAUGACGUGGUGUUACAAAUAAUUACUCUAUGUGAAAGCCAAGGCUGUUCGUGGCGGAUUUUAUCUUUCGAAUUGGUCGCAAAGAGUUUCUGCCCGCAAUUUCAGUCCCGCAGUGACAACUUUAUAGAAGGAAUGGGGACAAAUUUAGAUUUGGAACGUAGGGGUUGAUUCAAACGACAACAUUGCGAACCUGUCGGUGACACAUUUCAAUGCCCGAAUAGUACCACAGUUAGUGAUGCUUGCACACGAAUGUUUACACCACCCGUGCAUGUCGUGUGUGCAUCUUGAAGUUGAACUGAGCGACUUUAGCACAUACAGUUUUGUUUUGGGCUCGAGAUGUUACGCAACUUUUUUUUGUUAAACUUUGUUGCUUAUGUUUUGCAACAAACCUGUGCACACUAUUAAAACUAUAUUAGCCAAUGAGUGCACUUCUGUAACCAAUUACCAACGCUAUGUUAGGCCUGGACCCCACCUCUCUCAUCUCGAUAACCCCAACCUAAACAACCCACUCAGUCUAGGCAGGGGAACAGGAUGAGAAAUUGCAUCCGACAUGCGUUAUGAAAACUGAAAAUUGUUAGCAGUUGUGGAACAAAAAACAUUAAAUUUAACUUACCAUGUAUUAUUUGCAUCGUUGCGUGUAUCGGUUGACUUGCUAAAGAUCGAUGAAGGUAGCUUUCAUUUUGACUUUCAUUAUGAAGUAUUAGCAGAGCCUUUCCACUUAAUUUGCAGCCCGAUUCUUUUUGUUGGACUGGCAUUGGCCCUUGACAGAAAUUUCAAAUAUGUUUGAUCCCAAAAUCGGUGUCAGCAUUGUGUCAUAUGCCAUGUAGAUAUAUUUAGAACUUAUUUUAAUCUUGACACACUUCUCAUCCAAAUCAACAUUAUUUUCACGGUGCUCCAGUCCUGUGUGAAAUGGAGCAACAUGAAUAUAAUUGCUUUUGAAAGUUAUAUUAUUCCAGAAGUUGUUGCAUCAUUUAACUUUGCCAUGAUGGAUUCAUUUAUAAACGGAGAAUACAAAUAUCAGAUUGUAGAGUCUAUCCAUGUCAGAACAUUUUGAUUACAAAUUUCGAUUGGACUCCAGUUGGCGCCUUACCAUUUGCGAGUGUUUUUGUUCAAUCAAAGGGAGUCAUGUCAAUAAAUUACUGGCGAUGCAUCGUCGGACACUCCAUGUCACACCACUGAUCCCCAUCCCCCCACUUGUGUGUCAGGGCCAUGAGACACAUUAACAUCUUUCCUAAGCUACACUUGUUAGUGAAGAUUCUUAUUGUGUUCCAGGAAAGUACCCCAGACGAUAACAAAACUACUUGCCAAGUCGCAUCUGUGGGCUUCUGUUGUGCAAACUUGGACAUUAUUAUUUUAUGUUGUGACUACCUAUACUGAAAAAAAUAGCAGGCAUUCGGCAUGUGGUGAACCACUCUUUAUAAAGGAUAAAGGAAAACCCAUGCCGAGUCUUGCGUACCUCCGCUCUGCGUUCUUAGUCUAUGGUAGGGAGACCAGCUAAGUGUUUUUGAAUUGGAUGUCUUAAUCACAUUUUGAUUUCGAAAAUGCCGCUAUUGAAAAAUGCAGCGCAUUGAAGUUAUUUGGCCAAAAUGUUUAAUGUCAGCUAUUCCAUAAGAGCAACCUGACCUAAUUUUAGAUGUUAUCAGGUAAUGUUUACGUAUAUACAUUGCAACGCCGAACAGUGUUACCACAUCAGAGGUCUUGCUUUCAGAUGCUCGUUUUCGUUCAUUUAUUCAAAUAGGUAACACAGGAUAUUUUAAUUUUUGAAAAAGGGAUAUUCCACAAGGAUAUUUACUAGGCUGGAAAAAAAUACUCUGAUUGGUGCAAACCUGGCUCAAGAGCAACCAAACUUAGCGCUGUUCAGUGACGCUUUCCCUCAGAAUUCACGAGACAAUCUUGAAAAUCGGCAAUAAUGAAAACUUGGAAAAGAUUAGCAGCUUAUGCCAAAUGUGCACAGUGCUGUUCUUUAUUUAAGUUUUAAAUUCUAUUAAUUUAGAAAAUCAAUGUAUUGUUUGUAAAAGCGAUGAAAAGUGUCAAGGUGUCCUUAAUUGGCACCCGCUAAUCUCCGUUUAUGGCACCGAGUCAGUGGUGUAUACUGUAGUGCAAAUUCCUAUGGCAGGGAUAAAGUCGAUACGACUUGACUUCGCCCAAAGUGGUACACAUUUUAGCAAUCCCAGUGAGGCGGUAAGAAUGAAACCGAGUUAACCCCAGACUGAGAUUUGAACUCGUAAACUUCGAACUGUAAAGCGGUGUUGUCGUCCACGUUUCACCGUUUUAUAGUCUUGCUUUAAUUCCUUGAUUUGCUGACACUGUUUCGUGGAUCAUCCGGCGUGCGUGCAAAUAUCGAGACAGUGCUGGGGUCCGGGAACCACUUUGAUAGUCCCAGUAGGGACAGGUGGAACUACCUGGCUGUGGUCACAAACCAGAACGCUUUCAAGACGCAGGCAGAAAGUUAAACGACACCACUGAAAUUACCUCCCGUUUGCUUUCCAAGGUCAUGCCCAGGUGAGUUUUGCAACCCAAUCUCCCAUGCUUAUGGAGCCAACUGGAAGGUGUAAAAAGAAAUAACAGUGAUGCAAGUAACACCAUGGUGGGAAACCGAUAUCCAUUUUCAAAACUAUAUUAUAACCUUCUUUGGUUCUUUCGGUAAAGUCACGUAGAAUGAGAACAGCGCUGUCCGCCAGACAGUCUAGUCCCUUCACCUGAUGAAGGCCGCUUGUGCUGUGGCCGAAACGUCGUGAGAAUUUUAUUGCGUUAUUUUAUUUUAUCAAUUUAUUAUUUUAUUCUCAUUCUACGUGGUGACUUUACCGAAAGAACCAAAGAAGAUGAAUCCUUGCAGUCGCGAAAGCUUUAAAUCGAAAUAUAUUAUGACCCCUGUCGAAUAUUAUUGUGCGGUCACAAGCCCAAAUCCCGGUUUAACAUUAGUAUAAAUAAAUGUUUAGUAAAUGUUUUGUGUGUGUGUGUGUCGGUAGGUAUCGGACGAGCUUGUUAAUGUAAACUUUUAACGAUGACCGUGUGCGUGUGACUGCCUGCCGCAGUCUGCUGAAUGCCCCUACAUGAGCUGUUAAGCCGUGGGGCUUAGCUCUGGUCCUGUCUCAACGUGCUCGUUUCGUUAGGUUGCUGAAUAAAUUGUCUCAAUUUGUACACCUCAGCGUGUAAACGCCACUGCCCUCUUAAGACAUCCGGUUUGGGUUUAAUGUCGAAAGUGAGCAACGAGGUCCUCUGGACCUUGUCCACCUCGAAGCCGAGGUGUUGGAGCCCUCGUUAGUGACUAUGAAGUGAAGGUAUACUUCUACUGUGUAUAUAGCGUGUAGCGUGCGUGCGCAGUGCUGAGACGCUCGCAGGCCGUUAAGGAUGUUAACUGAAAUAUAAACGUGUACCCCGAUGCUCAACGUUAUUUAUUUUUAAACACUUUUUAAAACUGACCACUGCCGUGUGCUCGUUACGAGUGUGCUUGUUACGAGCACACUCGACUCGUUUCUCGUACACCACAAUUUUGAGUCCUUGUCAAGGAAAUUCACAUGGGCGUCUUGGCUCUGACACCCCCAUGGCUUGUUCCGAUAAAAGACGUAGCAUGGAAUUUAAAAUGAACUUGCCAGUGGACGGAUAUUCCUGGGAGAUACCUGCAAGUGUCGUAUGCAAAUGCUGGCAUGUAAUGAUUCGGUUCGAAUAAAAAUCGAUUCUUACACUCACAAUCUAUAUAUCGAUUUGUACACUUACAAUUUGUUCUGACAAUAUUCUAACUAUAAAGUAAUAUGAUAUUACAUUUCUGCCAGUGUAGUGAACAAAACUAUACAAACAAGAAAGAAAAAGCGUUUAAAAAAACCAAUGCGAAUAAUAUGAAAACAAUACAAAACAUAAAUUAUUGAAUGAAAUCGCCUAAAUUUGUAACAAUUGAAUCAGGCGCAGGGUGGAGAUGUGAAUUGUUACAUGCCUAUGUAAUACCCACCACACAAAUAUAGACAAGCAUUGCGAUUCUGGAAUUGUUUUUGCUAUCAUACCAUUAUCAAUACUGUUGUUUAACAUUGCCGGGUGAUUCCAGUAUUCCAAUACAUGGGGAUUGGUUGUAUCACAAGAUAUUGCCCAGUGUAGGCAAUAGUUGCUAUUGUGCUAUACAGAGGUGUUGCUUGGUACCAUAUGCAUUAUGUAUUCAUCUGGAUUGUCAUUGUGAAAGCAACAUUUAGGUGGGAAUUGUGCAUACGAUAGUAUGUACGGUUACCUCUGCACAGGAACAUUUCAAAUGGGGCCUGUAAGUACUGUGGAUCGAUGUGGCUGAAUUCAUUUGCAAAUACAUGUAAUGCAGUGGCUUAGGCGUUGGUGAAUCGUGCAGCGAUGGAGCAAUAAUGUGUGCUUGGUGCCUGCCUGCAGGACAUUAGGUGCUUGUCAGGGGCAAUGAAGCAAGUAGGUUUCUGGCUCAUGUACGUGACAAUUGGAGUGUUACCCCAGUAUGUGCAUACAUUUUCUUUGGGCACUCCAUUCUCCUCCCACACGAAGCAAGAAUUCAGUGCUGGCGAAAUGCACGAGCAAGCAGACAUCUCCAUGUCCAUCUUCAACCUCCUUUUAAAUCUAUGUUAUAACCGCGGCCCAGAAACAUGCAUUGACAUUACGACGUUGGCAAUGCCCAUGCCAUGUCGCAUUAACACUGGUUCAUAGGGUCAUGUGUUGUAACCUAUGUAACAAAAAACAAUUAAACUUAUUAAAUUAAGUUGCAUGUUGGGGAAUCCCAGCCCUUUGGAAUCUGAUGGCAUGUUACCAAGGGGAGCCUGUAUGGAAUCCAAUAGCAUUAAGCCAAGGCCUAGUUGUAUGCAAUCCGGUUGCAUGUAAACAAGGAUAACCAUGUGGACUCCGUCAUCAUGCCCUCAACAAAUGCAGCUGUAACUCAAUAUCAAUUGUAGCAAGAGUGUAGCUGCUGAGUAUAAUAACAUGGGAUCAGAUACAAUGGGUAUUUUUAUUAUUGAUUUUAGUAAAAGCUACUUAUUUGCAUCACAUUUUGCGAAGGUUCUCCUGCUUUAGUCCGUGUAUAAACUGAGACUUGACCAGACUACAUUCGCGGUAUCGUGUAACACAUAUUCACCUACUGGAAAAAAAUGCUGAAAUGUACAUUGUAAUUAUAUUUAAAGUUCUUAGUAGCCAGUAUGAAACGUAUGACCGUACCAUGUUAAGACGUAAUCUUUAAAGUAUUGUAUCUAUACAGGUAGAGUUGUAAUUGGAAUAGUUGAAAUAAAACCAGUUUAAUAACCUU